AUGGCCACAACAUCCGCGCUCUCCAUCGCCCUACUGUUCUCCCUCCCCCCGGACUCUCCUCAAAUCUUUUCUUUCAUAUCCUCCCUCUCCACUGCCGCUGGUGUCUCUGCCCCCAAGCCGGACAUCAAAUCUUACCCGGAUGCGAUCUAUCACAACUACUACCCGCUGGGCGUCAGUCUUUGCUUCUUGCCCUCUACAGGGCUGGACAGUGUCGAUCUCUACAGCCGUGACCCGCACCCCAACACAUCAUCACGGGUGAGAGGGCCGGUGUACGAUAAUGCACCCGAGGUGGUGUUUCGUUUUUCCAGUACUACCUUGCCUCUGCCUCCACGCGAUCCCAAGUCAGAGGAGGCACCUCAGACGAUCGAGCGGCCAAUCGAGUGGAAGUUGACGGCGAGUACUACUGGGCGAGGUCUAGUGAGCUGCUUGGGAGAACCUGCCAAGAAGGGUUCGGGAGGGUGGACGGGCGUGUGGUUGGAAUGGACCAAAGUGGACCUUUCGGCGGGCGAGGAGGGAGCAGGUGGAGAGGAAUAUAUUGGAGUUAUGGUGGAGCUGAGAGAUCCCGGAGCAAGGGAAAUGGACGAGGCUAUGAUGAAGAAGGGUAUGGGAGGCGUCUGGGAUAGAGCCUCCAAGUGGGAGUGGAAGACAGUCAAGUUAUACAAGGUAUGA